CCUUUUCCGCUGCGCCCUGGUGCGAUGAGGACGUAGGUCUGUUGGAUCUUUGUAGAAUCCGAACCCAUCCUCGCCAACGGCAGAACCUUCCCGCUCCAGAAUGACUGAGCAGAUGACCGUGAGAGGGACCCUCAAGGGCCACAGCGGAUGGGUCACUCAGAUCGCCACUACGCCGCAGUAUCCCGACAUGAUCCUGUCCGCGUCCCGAGAUAAGUCCAUCAUCAUGUGGAAACUGACCCGUGAUGAGACUAACUAUGGCAUCCCCCAGCGCGCCCUCAAAGGUCACUCUCACUUUGUGAGUGAUGUGGUCAUUUCUUCUGAUGGACAGUUCGCCCUGUCCGGUGCCUGGGAUGGCACUCUGCGCCUGUGGGAUCUUACCACUGGUGCUACAACUCGUAACUUUGUUGGCCACACGAAGGAUGUGUUGAGCGUGGCGUUCUCCGCUGAUAACCGUCAGAUUGUGUCAGGCUCCAGAGACAAGACCAUCAAGCUGUGGAACACCCUGGGAGUCUGCAAAUACACCAUCCAGGACGAGGGCCACAGUGAGUGGGUUUCUUGUGUGCGUUUCUCCCCCAACAGCAGUAACCCCAUCAUCGUCUCCUGCGGCUGGGAUAAGAUGGUCAAAGUGUGGAACUUGGCUAACUGCAAGCUGAAGACCAACCACAUUGGUCACACAGGCUUCCUCAACACGGUGACCGUCUCCCCCGAUGGCUCCCUGUGUGCGUCUGGAGGAAGGGAUGGCCAGGCGAUGCUGUGGGACCUGAACGAGGGCAAACACUUGUACACCCUGGACAGUGGUGACACCAUCAACGCCCUGUGCUUCAGCCCCAACCGCUACUGGCUGUGCGCCGCCACCGGCCCCAGCAUCAAAAUCUGGGAUCUGGAGGGCAAGAUCAUUGUGGAUGAACUGAGGCAGGAAGUGAUCAGCACAAACAGCAAGGCCGAGCCCCCACAAUGCACCUCUCUGGCCUGGUCAGCUGAUGGACAGACGCUGUUCGCUGGCUACACCGACAACCUGAUCCGUGUGUGGCAGGUCACUAUUGGGACAAGAUAAGGACCUUUUGUCAAGAAAAUUUAAAUAAAACAGUUUAAAAAGU